CCCAUCGGCUUCAUGGAGGUGCCCAUUCCGUACAGUCAGAUUGAGGACGUCUACUCCGUCUCGCGCUGGGACUCCAGUCAGAAGUUCUACAUUCGUGCGGUCAUUCCCGACGGCUCGGUGCUGCUGCAGCUGCCCAACAAAUGGGUGCGCGACCAGUGGCUCAACUCAAUCAACUGGAAGCGCUGCAUGCUAAAGUUUCAACGCAUCCUCGUCAACCCCUCCAUCCGCCAGGAGGUGCUCAUCAAGGAGCUAAAGAACCUCAUCGAUCUGACGCUGACGACGCCGCUGCAGGACGAGUGCAUCUACCAGACGUCGCUGGACAUCAUCAACGAGAUGCUGCAGCUACGCCUCAAAGACUUUGAUCGCAAGCAACACGAGUACCCCUCGGCGGAGACGACCAUGAGCAACAAGAAGCUGAAUGAGGCGAUCAUCCUGGAGCUGGCGCCGCUGCUCGAGAAGACCAGUCCCACGCUGGAGAUUUGCCUCUUCCUCAGCAAGCACUGCCGCGCCUACCCGCGCUCCAUGGUGAUCACCGAGUGCUACAGCGACAUCGUCCAGCGCAUUCUCAAGCACAACAUGGACUACAGCAAGAACCCGCGAACGCGGGUCCUCGUGCAGGACUUCUUUCUCGCCCUGCAGCAGCAGAACGAGGGCGGCAGUCUGGUGGAGCACUUCAUUCGAGUUGUUCACGGCUUCGGCAGCACCUGUCCUCAUAAUCGCGUCAUCAACAACAUCGUCUCCGUCUGUCUGGCGUCCAUGUACGCGCUCUUCGAGAAGGGCAAGGUGGAGUCGAUGACAGAGGAGAAACACUCAGAGAAGGAGAAGGACAAGGAACCGAGGACGGCCGAGCAGGAGGAGGAGUGGCAGCAGCACCUCGAGUGCUUCAUCAACAUCUUCUACAUCAUACCAUUCAAGUCUGUGAUAAUGAACAUCAGCCUGGACCCGCGAUGCGACGUGCACCUGAUGUUGCUGGGAAUGCGCGAAGGCAAAGAGAGCUGGCUGGAGCUGUACAGUCCCACCAACAAGGCCUGCGACGAUGAGGGCCUCUUCUGGAGCUCCAUGCUGAAAAGCCUGCUCGACUGCUGCUGCCGGCGGAAGCGCUUCUACGCGAAGAGUCUCCUGGGCAAGAAGUCGCUGGACGCCUGUCUGCUGCGGGCGCUGCGCGACGACGCCACCAGCCAGCUGGCCCUCUGCGACCUCCUCGAGAUGGAGCUGGGCGAUCAGGGCGAGCUGCAGCAGCAGAUCAUCACCACGCUGAUGACCACCGCCGGCGGGCGGGCCGCCUACGAGGAGCUCUGCCAGCGGCAGUACCACCUCAAGGAGAUUCAACAGCGCGGCGGACCGCAGAAACUGACGCUGCCCUCCCGCUCGACAGACGCCGACCUGGCGAAGCUGCUCGGCAGCGGCUCCUUCGGCAACCUCCGCGAGCUCAGUCUCGCCUUCACCCACGUCACCAGCGACUGUGCGCCCUACCUCAUACAGCUGCCUUCACUGCGAUCGCUCAAUCUCUGGUCCACUCAGUUCAGCGACAAAGGCCUUUUGCUGAUCUCAGAGCACCUGCCCGACCUGGAGUCGAUUAACCUCUGCGAGACUGCGGUCACCGACAAGGGCAUCGACAACUUGACCUCCCUAAAGCGCCUACAGUCGCUGAACCUCAACAGCACACAUCUGUCGGCGGCGAUGUACGAGAAGCUGAAGGCGAAGCUGCCGGCGCUGCGAGAGAUCGACGUUCGCUACACUGACGCCUGGUGA